CGAAUCCCCGACUACAUCGAGGUAGUUGCGACGAUCGGUUUUGUGCGUUGAUCAAAAGCGUGUGUAGCUGUAGCGAGCUUGCUACUGGAUCUGAACCCGUUUCGUUUCGGCGUUUCAGUUGCAUUACGGACGUGAUACGCUGAAGCUGGAUGGGUUAACGCGAGUUUAGGAGAAGCGCGUAUUGAUAUCGCAACGAUCGGAAAAUUUAUUUUUGUGUGCCACUCGCUGUUUUUUUUUUUUUGGUUUGAUCUAUGGAUAUCGAUGGAAGGUGGUCGCAAAACCCUCUAAGAGCCGAACAUCAGGACAAUCCCAAAUGACCCAGUGAAGAAGAUGCUGAUUAAAUGACAGAAAAACUUGAGGACAAUGUGGAUUCCAACAGUUCACAUAGUGAUCGUUUAUUUUUGUGCCUGUGCCAUAGCCGCGGAGUUCAGAACGAAGUUAGGACAGAACCACAGAAAAAGUAUCGUGAAAAGAUCUGUGGAUCCGCACAGUAAUUACCACAAGUACAAUAAGAACAAUUAUAACAGUUUUAAUAACCAGUACGAUAACUACAACAGUUUGAGUACCGUGAAAUUGAGGCAUCAAUCAAGAUUUCCCAAUUUGGACAAAGUCAUGACCAGAGUGAGUAACAUGAAAUUUGGAAGUGGAAGUGAAAUUAAAAGUGAAGUUCAUAAUAAAUUAAGACACAGAUCGUGGUACGAGAAAAAAACAACGACAACGCCUCAGCCAGAAGAGACUUUCGAUCACUACUUCGACGAUUAUGGUAGUGAUAAAGAGAAUAACGAUUGGGGCUAUGAUGACGUAGAAUACGAAGACUACGAAGACGAUGGAGUGUUCGAAGAGCCAGACUGGCAAGCCGAAGAACCCACAGAAAAAACUACAACAACCACACCUGCAUAUAGACAAAUGUCGAGAAUAAGCGAAAUGAAGUGGCAGAUGUAUGGCACUAGAAAGAAAGUAGAGGAGAAUAGAAAAAAAGAACUAUUCGGUAGUAACAGUGGAAGUGAAACUUCAGCAACACUAGCAAGAGUGCACUUUAUGCGAGUAUCCUCUGAAGGGACUUGUAAAAGGCCGUUACCUAGGGUAAUUUCAGUACAAAAUGUUCAUCCUGAUCCUUCUAAAACAUAUACACCACACUGUACAGUGUUGCAUAGAUGUGCUGAGGAUACUGGGUGCUGUCAACAACACAAUAUGCGUUGUGGACCAAAAACAGUAAAAGAAGUACAUUUAUAUUUUUACGCUAAAACUCUUGGCACACUCGAGUCCAGGAUAGAGAAAUUGACAUUUAAGAAUCACACCGAGUGCACUUGCAUCGAAAAACCUAAACAUAGUGAAGAGAAAAAUGGAAUUCAGUACAAAUCCGGAUUGGAAUCGAAAAAUACAACACCACAAAACCUUGAAAGAUGCGUUUGUCCAGGAAGCUUUAGUCCCAAACAAAAGUAUCACCAGUCAGAAUGCACAUGCAACUGUGAAGAAACGAACCCAGACUGUAUAACGAUGAAAAACGGCCUAGAAUACUUUAGUUUAGCAGACAGAAAAUGCGUACUAGAAAGGAGAUGUGGCAUACCGAUUUGUGAAUUUGGGGCAUAUAUUCGACCGAAAGGCAGAUGUCCUAGAAAACAGGAAAAAUUGGAUACCUUCACUCUUGUUAAUAUACAAUAAAUUGAUAGUAUUUAUAUCCACUCAAGCUUAUCUAAGGUUAAUUACUUGAUGAUUGUCCAGUGAUACCAUUUACCAAUCUUUUAUAUAAUUUUCAAACAAAAACAGAUAAUAUAUUGUGUGUUGAAGAUGAUGAUCAAUAAACCAGUUUUAUAUUUUC